GUUUCAUCUAAAUCGUCUUCUUUUGCUCCCCGAUCGCAUCCGCUAGUUACAACUUAUCACCUUAUCUUCUAGAAACUAUGCGGUAAUCAACCCCUUCCUAUCGCCCCGGCUGAUAACAUCCCGUCUUGUUCGCUGGUCGUGAGAAAUAUAGCUAGCUCUCUUGCUCUGUCGUCGAUGGCUUUGGGAGAUUCCCCCGCACUUCUUCCUUUGGCCAUUCCUGCCUUCUUUCUGACGCUGCACGUUAUCGCCGUCGUGGUAAACUCGGCGAUAAAAGAUCCCGCUUGAUUACAGAAUCUGCAAGACUGCUUCUCAGAGGUAUUCUCAAGAAACCAAGAAAAAAUUGAGGUUAUGUUUUGAUCCUAAUCCAAGAGACACAGCGAGGAUGUCCCUAAACCGAGCCUCGUAUCUGGAGUCUUGGGAGCAAAAUCCAGCGUCUUUCCGCCGUCAGCCAUACCGCGACCAGAGCCCAGGACCAGACACUGACGACGAAGAGGCAUACCAUGAUCUUCCCGACGCGUCAUUAUCCUCAUCGUUUCCAUCUACCGCGAGUCUUCCGAGAUAUCGUUUGAAUUUCAACCCGUAUGCGGGACCUAGCUGGACCCAGACAUCUGUAGAUGGGAACGAAGAUCACAGUUCUCUAAGGAGGAUUUCCUCAUUUGUUUCUAAGCCAGGCCAGCCCGAUCAAACGGAGGGAGGAGAGCCUGCUCCCCAGGAUGCGGCUUUGGACCAGCAAGACUGGGGCCCACUGGAAACAACUGGUGCUUUUGAAGUCAGCCCUACCACGCGAAUCUUGCAGGUUUGCAUUGCCGUAGUAUACUGUUUCUUUUCCGCAGGAAUUGUCUUUGGAUUUGCAGCGAUAAAGCCAGUGUUUAUUAAAGAAGGUGUGUAUGGCGACUUGUGCUCAAAUGAGAAAUUGGGCACCGCCCAAGAUGUGUGCUAUGGGCAGGAACUUCGCCUAAACUUGAUGUUCACGAUCGCCGCUGUCGUUACAAAUGUGUCUGCUCUUCCAGUCGGGACGAUACUGGAUACCUACGGUCCUCGUGCUUGUGGAAUCAUCGGAAGCUCGUGUAUCUUCCUCGGAGGGUUGCUUUUUGGACUGGCCCCUCGCUUUCCGUUCGACGCGUACAUUCCUGGAUAUCUUUUGCUAGCGCUGGGAGGGCCGUUUAUCUUCAUUUCAUCGUUCCAUCUCUCGAAUACAUUUCCGAAAAGGUCCGGGUUGAUCUUAUCUUGCCUGACUGGAGCUUUUGAUGCCUCCAGCGCCCUCUUCCUUGUCUUUCGUCUCAUUAAUGAGCAAACCGAGGGCUCUUUCACGUCCCAGAAUUUUUUCUCCAUUUACCUUAUUGUUCCGGUACUCAUCAUGCUCGCACAAGUAACGAUCAUGCCUGGGACAUCGUACAAGACCGCGGGUGAGCUCGUUCAACAAGCCGAAGAACAUAUCGUGGCUGAGGCACACGACCAGGUCGAUAGACGUAUCGCGGACCGCCAUGAAGGUGAGAGGCAGCGAAACGAUCGUCGCAUGCACCGUCAGGAGGUCGUCGGCAAGAUCCAGGACCUCCUUACCGACGGUGAUGAUAACGCAUCUACCAUCACCGACCUGGGGUUGACAGUAGACGACGCCCAGCCUAACAUUCCUGAGUCGAACCCUACCCGUCGACCUGAACCGACCCCCGCAAAGCCACACUCCACUGGUGGAGUCUGGGGCGUAAUGCACGGCUAUUCAGCACUGCAACAGGUCAUGUCCUUAUGGUUCAUCUUCAUAGCGCUUUUCACCGUCCUCCAAAUGCUGCGCAUCAACUACUUUGUCGCCUCGAUCCGACAACAAUACGAGUACCUCUUCUCUUCUUCCGAAGAUGCGCGUCGUAUCAACGAAGCCUUCGACUUCUUGCUCCCCCUCGGUGGCCUUAUCGCCGUUCCUUUCAUCGGAACCAUUCUCGAUAACGCCAGCACCUCGUUGGUUCUUCUAGUUCUAGUCGUAACCGCCACAAUUAUUGGGGCCUUGGGCUGCAUCCCACACAGCUACGAAGCCGCAUACGCGAACAUUAUUCUAUUCGUCGUGUAUCGUCCGUUCUACUAUACCACUGUCUCCGACUACGCAGCCAAAGUCUUUGGCUUUCAAACCUUUGGCAAGGUCUACGGGCUGAUUAUCUGUUUUGCGGGUCUUGGAAAUUUCGCCCAGGCCGGCCUUGACGCCAUCACAUUCAAAGUUUUCAACCGGAACCCGAUCCCUGUUAAUUUGAUACUCACGACUGUCACCUGCAUGACGGGGUCAGCACUAGUUGUAUUCGUUUGGCGGAGGGCCACCGCAAUAGCCGGCGCUGGUUCGGGCGAAUACGGUCCAAACACUGAUGUACCUCCUCCUCCUCCUCCUGCUGUCAGCCAAAACGAUCCGGAAGUCGCAAUCCUCGCCGGAGCCGAUGACGGUAUUGCGACAAGAGAUUGGGAACGUCAGCCUUUGCUUCAACACACACAAACACAAAGCCGCCCAAUCCAAGUCGGGCAACAUGGAGGUGUCCCUUCUUACGGCGGUAUUGCGGCUACGCCCUAAUUUUAGCCUCUCUGCCUUUUGGCUCUGGUCUAGAUGACUGUUUUUUUGGUAACAGGGUAACAGGAUAUGGGAUUGAUCGCCAACAACUAUAGACACGAAAUAUGAAGUCACGCACGGAUGAUUACUUUACAUAUAAUUAUAUAUAUAUAUAUAUAUAUGUUCACAUCUAUAAGUACGUAUUAAAUGGAAAAUGGAUGUGCAUGGUCAUGUAAUUUUUUUUUUCUCUUUCUUUCUUUCUUUCUUUCUUUUGUUAUUUGAGACAAGUGGUUCAAUAUACAAAC